AUGUAUUCAAUGAACGAAAGUAAAUUUUUAUUUCUUCAAACGGCAAAAAAAUGUACAGAACAAAUUUUCGAUAAAAUAAAAAAUAUUUCAAAAAAAUUGGCAAAAAAUAAAAUUCUUAGAAGUAAAGGAAAAAUUGCGGAAAAAAUCAUUGAUAAUAAAGAAAAGGCAAUUAAAGAAUUAAAAGAAUGUAUGGGAGAUAAUUUAAAAGAUAAAAAUAAACAAAAAAAUAAUGAAGAAAAACAAAAAAUAAUGUAUAAAAAUAAAUUAAUUGAAUUAUUGCUAAAUGAUUUAAAUGAUGAAUUUAAACAAUAUUUGCAAUGUGAAGCAAAUUCAUUUAUUGUUAAAAAAACAUGUGGUUUCAAUUUAAAUCAAAUAAUCAAAAAUGCUGAAGAUAAAAAGAAAAAUAAAGAAAUAAAAGAUAAUUUUGAGGAAGUAAAAAAUGCUGAAGAAAUUUAUGAAAUUUCGGAAAUAACCCCCCAUAAAGAGGAAAACCUUCAAAAAGAAAUUAAAAAUAAAGGAAAGAAUGAAUUAAUUGAGAGUAGUCCAAAUACAGGUACAUUUACAGGUUUUACCUUAAAAAUAAAAAUAAUUUUUGAAGAAAUAUGUAUAAAAUAUUAA